UUUCAGCACUCUUCCUUUGUCUCGGUGUGUGUAUGGGUGGAGAGCUGCAGGCUGUGGAUGUGAGAGGCAUGAUGCUGACGCUCCAGGCCCAUUGGUUGCCUGCCUUCAACCAUUAUCUCUCGCUUCCCUCUCCUGACUGUCUCCAUCUCUCCGUCUCUCCCUGCUCGCUCCCUGCACGCCCAUCAGCUUUCAACUCCUAAAAAAAUGAUUUGCAUUCAGGAGGAGAAAGGAACUUUCCAGCGUGCGCUCUAAAUGAAACAGUGCGAGUGAGAAGGUGUGUGAGAGAGAAGACUACUCUGGAAGAAAGAGAAGAAGACAAUCAGGUGCGAUAACAACAAAAAGUUUGAGCGAAGACGCCGUUUCCUGACUGAAAAUGAAACUAAAGAAGGAGCGGUGAACCCUUGAUGGGGUGGUUCUUAUCGGAAGUUUACCACCGUGGGCCAAGGAUCAACUGAAGGUCUGGACCAAAGAGCAAUUAAACCUGCAUUCAUAUCAGAUGGAGGUGGAUGUAGCAGACAAGCGCCAUCGCACACGCUCGAAAGUGCCCGUGGAACCAGCAAUACCAGAGCUGUUCAGCUGCCCAGCGCUGCAUUGCGAUGGGAGUGGGCAUGUCAGUGGAAAAUAUGCAAGACAUCAAAGUGUGUACGACUGCCCUGUGGCCAAGAAGAGGAGAACACAGGACAGACUGCCCCUAGAGCCCAUGGCCAAGAGGAAGGCCUUUCACACACACACAGAGCAGCAGCCUAUGGAUGACUGCUACCACACAGCGAUGGUGGUGGAGAAAGACGAGGAAGAAGAGGAAGAGGCAGGAGAUGAGGAGGUGGAGGAAGAGGAAGAGGAGGAAGAUGGAGAAGCUGAGGGAGAGGAGGACGUGGAGGAAGAGUACACGGACAAUGAGGAACAAGUGGAGCAGGACGAAGGAGAGGUAGAGAACAGAGAGGAGGAAGAAAUGGAGCAGGAAGAAGAGGAUGUGGUGGAAGAAGAUGAGGGGGAUGAUGAAGAAGAUGAUGAUGAGGAUGAACAGGAGGAGGAGGAGGAAGAGGAGGAAGAGCAGCACAAUCACGAUCAAGCUGGCAAUCAUGUUAACGGGAUUUACACCAAGCCCAGCCCAAUGGCAGAGAAGGAUGACAACAACAACGAUGAAUAUGACAACUAUGACGAGCUGGUGGCGAAAUCUCUGCUGAACCUGGGCAAGAUUGCAGAGGACGCCGCCUACAGGGCCAUGACGGAGUCUGAGAUGAACAGCAACUCCUCCCAUAGUGCUGCAGAGGAAGAGGAGGAGGAGGAAGAGGAGGAUGAGGAAGAUGAUGAUGAAGAGGAGGAAGAGGAAGAGGAGGAGGACUGUGACGACGGCUCUAAAAAGGGUGAGCUGAGUCUUGAUGUGAACAGUGAUGUAGUAAAGGAGACUGUGGACUCUCUGAAACUGCUGGCCCAGGGUCAUGGAGCUGUGCUCUCUGACAACCUUGAAGAAAGGACAUAUCAGGAAGAUGAAGUGAAGAACGAGGACUGCAGCAGCAUGAAUGGCUUUGCUGGUUAUGGAUGCAAUGGUACUAUUAGCAGUUGCGCACAAAACAGGUCCACAGGCAAUGGACAGAUGGUUGAGGAAAGCAAUGAGGAGGUAUGUCUAAGCAGUUUGGAGUGUCUACGCAAUCAGUGCUUUGACCUGGCACGAAAAUUAAGUGAAACAAAGCCAGCAGAGCGCCUCAGCCACAGUCAGGAGGGGCAACAUGAUACUCUUUUACACCAGGACAUCUACGGAGAAUGCCAUCAACAGCAAAACUCAGAGGAACGUCGUGUCCUGGAGCGCAACUAUUCGGAUAUGGUCAACCUUAUGAAGCUGGAGGAGCAGCUCAGUCCACGCUCGAAAGCUCUGUCUAGCUGUGCCAGGGAGUACGAUGCCUACAGAGAUGAGGACACCACGUCAAUUACUUCUGACCGCUCUGAGGAUGACUUUGACAUGACCAAGGGCAACCUGUCACUGCUGGAGAAGGCCAUAGCCUUGGAGUCGGAGAGGGCCAAGGCGAUGAGGGACAAGAUGGCUUCAGAGGCAGCUAGAAGAGACAGAUUGCAACUGCAUGAAGAGAACCAUGGUCUGAGGCUCAGCUGUGCAGAGGAGCGUAAAGCCAGGCUACAUCACGAUGGCCUCAAGAAGCCCUACUACCAUAAAGAUUCCUCGAGGUCAGAGAAGAAAGAGAGUCGGUGCCCAACGCCGGGUUGCGAUGGCACUGGUCAUGUGACUGGCUUGUACCCUCACCAUCGAAGCCUGUCUGGCUGCCCACAUAAAGACAGAGUUCCUCCAGAAAUUCUUGCAAUGUAUGAAAAUGUUCUUAAGUGUCCUACACCUGGCUGCACAGGGCGUGGCCAUGUCAAUAGCAACAGGAACUCACAUCGAAGUCUCUCGGGAUGUCCGAUAGCAGCUGCUGAGAAACUGGCCAAAGCUCAUGAGAAACAUCAAGCCUGCAACGGAACCAAAUCCAGCCAGGGAUCGGACCGAGUUCUAAGGCCCAUGUGCUUUGUAAAGCAGCUGGAGAUCCCACAGUACGGCUUUAAGAACAACGUCCCCACCACCACCCCGCGCUCCAACCUGGCCAAAGAGCUGGAGAAAUAUUCCAAGACCAGCUUCGACUACAACAGCUACGACAGCCAGAAUGUCUACGGCAAACGUGCCAUCGCUCCAAAAGUCCAGGGCCGUGACACAUCACCCAAGGGAUACGACGCUAAGCGAUACUGUAAGAACUCCAGCUCGGCCAGCAGCACCAGCAGUAGCUACACUCCCAGUAGCAGCAGCAGCCUGAGCUGUGGAGGAGCAGCAGGAGGAGGAGGAGGAGGAGGAGGAGGAGGAAGCAGCGCAAGCAGCACCUGCAGCAAAAGCAGUUUUGACUACACGCAUGACAUGGAGGCUGCACACAUGGCGGCUACAGCCAUCCUCAACCUGUCGACACGCUGCAGAGAGAUGCCUCAGAGCCUGAGCGGCAAACCACAGGAGCUCUGCACACGGUCAGAUGAUCUAGAUCCCUUCCAGGACAUUUUAGAGGACACUGCGUAUGCCACUGAUGUCGCCAUCCCGAGUCCCAAGCCAAAAUUCGCCCCUUGCAAGGAGAACAAAAAGGACCUGAUAACAUGCCAAACUCCAGGGUGUGAUGGAAGUGGUCACGUAACCGGUAAUUACGCCUCGCAUAGAAGUCUUUCAGGUUGUCCUCUAGCAGAUAAAAGCAUUCGGAGUAUGAUGGCGACCAAUUCACAAGAACUUAAGUGCCCGACUCCGGGCUGCGAUGGCUCGGGACAUAUCACUGGAAAUUACGCCUCUCACAGAAGUUUGUCAGGAUGUCCUCGGGCUCGCAAGAGUGGCAUAAAGAUUACUCACAGCAAGGAGGACAAAGAGGACCAGGAACCCAUAAGGUGUCCUGUUCCUGGUUGUGAUGGACAGGGCCACGUGACGGGGAAGUACGCAUCUCACCGCAGUGCAUCAGGUUGCCCCCUGGCUGCCAAGCGGCAGAAGGACUGCUACAUGAACGGCACACAGUUCACGUGGAAGGCUGGGAAGACAGAUGGAAUGUCCUGUCCAACUCCAGGUUGUGACGGCUCAGGCCAUGUCAGUGGAAGCUUUUUAACCCAUCGAAGUCUGUCAGGUUGUCCACGUGCUUCAUCUGCUAUGAAGAAGGCCAGACUGUCAGGAGUGGAGAUGCUCACAAUAAAACGGCCAAACAAUGGUUUACACAAUGAUGAAGACAUUAAACAACUGGAUGAAGAAAUCAAAGAUUUAAAUGAAUCCAAUUCACAGGUGGAGGCAGAUAUGAUCAAACUUAGAACACAGAUUACAACCAUGGAGUCUAAUCUGAAGUCAAUAGAGGAAGAAAACAAGGUGAUUGAACAGCAAAAUGAAUCUCUCCUGCAUGAGCUGGCCAACCUCAGCCAGUCACUGAUUAACAGUUUAGCUAAUAUCCAGCUUCCUCAUAUGAAACCGCCGCUACACAAAGAGCCUCCGAUUAGAAAUAACAGCUGUUUACAGUUGCAUCAGCGAGAUCCAAUAAGCGAACAGAACUUUGAUGCGUACGUGACGACUCUGACAGACAUGUACACGAAUCAGGAGCAGUACCAGAGUCCAGAGAACAAAGCGCUACUGGAGAAUAUAAAACAAGCAGUACAAGGAAUCCAAGUCUAGCCACUCAGCAAACCUCAGAGCGGGAGGACAUGAGGGACGUUUAUGAACUGGGAGAAAUGGGAUUGAAAUUGCCUCAUGGUUUGCUGCUGUAAUUUAACAGACAGUGUUAUAUAUUCACAUAUGUUCUUACGAAACAGUGUUAUGCUUACAAGUCAUGAUUUUCUCCCUUUAUUUUUGGUCUUGCUUUGAAUAAUAUUUAAUGGCAAAAUAGUUUUUUGAAAACAUUUCACAUUUUGUACGUUUUCAUAUGAGCUCACAUAGUGUGAUGUAACAUUUCUAGCUGCUCAUGUAUGCACAUUUUAGUGUAUAUUUCUGAACAGUACGGCAAACAAUAUUGGAUAUACAUUCUUUUUUAAUGCUUGCUGAUUAAAAAAAACAUUACUUUUAAAAAGCUAAACCACUGGAUCAGAAUAAUGGACAUGCAAGGAUACACCGAGUGUAUCGCUUUUAUACCAGUUUAUUAUACAGUAGAACAAUAUACCUAUUUAUCAAAAAAUAAGGUUUUAUUAGGUAAAUUGAUCUAGUAAUUAAUAAACUGGGAACUCAGCGUAUACAAACUUUUUAAAUCAUUUUCUUCUCAGUGAAAUUUUUCUUUUUUUUCUUCUUCUGUGUGAAAAAGGACAGACUGCAUUUUAUUUUCGAGCUUUGCUUGAGGAGUUUUAUUAUUGGCACCUGUACACGGUGGGUAGAUGAAAACUAGAUGAAAACAAACAGCGAAGGGAAAUCAAUGUGAUGUAUGAAUGUCGCAGUUCUAUUGUAAACAUCAUGACACGGAAACCUAAUGGUGGAAAUCCCAGAUCUUAGCAAUGAACAUUAUCUGAUUUAGUGUUGCUAAAGAGCUUUGGUCAUUAAAUCUGCAUUAGUGUAACGGUUCGCCCCAGCGUCAGUGUUAAUUUAGCCUGGUCCGUGUAUGU